GGGCCGGAGCGCUUCCGGGGGACGUGGGAGGGCGGCGGAAGAGGGAGGGAAUUCGUUUCUGUUCCUGAAGCGGCGAUGGGAAGAAGCGGCGGCGGCGGCGGCCGUUGUCGUCGAGGGUCUCCGUCGCCGCUGUAAUGGCGGCCUUCGCGGCCUCGGAGGGCGCCGGCAACGGCCAUGGCAAUGGCGGCGGAGGGGUGCUGGACGAGUUCACGGCUCCGGCGGAGAAGAGCGGCCUCCUGGAGCGGAGCCGGGGCUCCAUCGAGCGGCUCUUCCGGGUGCGCCUGGUCGUCCUCGGGGCGCUGAGCAGCGGGCGCUGGGCCCCGAUGGGCUUCGGGCAACCGGCGACUCAGCCCCAGCAUCCGCGGGCGCAGCCCCCCGGGCGCAGGAUCUGGCUCAGCCUCCAGGGCCAGAGGGAGGAGGUCCGCAGCGCCAAGGAAUAUAUUAAAGGACUUUGUGAACCGGAAUUGGAAGAGAGGGAAUAUUAUCCCAAAGAUAUGCACUGUAUUUUUGUAGGAGCCCAGAACCUCUUCUUGAACUGCCUCAUUCAGAGAACUUCUGCUGAUGUGACUGUCAUAGAGAUAGGCACUCUCAAUAUUAAGGGUGCUGCGGAACCUGUUGUACUGGCCAGAAGUCAUAUUCUACAGUUUGUGAGUCUCUUCAAAAACAGUGCAAGCUUGUCAAAUGGUGGAGAGUCAGAAGUGAAGAAAAGGUUCAAACAUCUUGUUGAAGCCCAUGCAGAUAAAUAUACUAUGGACUUGUUGAUCUUACCAAACUCACUGAAGAGAGAACUGCUCAACCUAGCCCACAAGGACGCCCACAAAGCAGUAGGUAAAAUCAUAGAUCGUGCCUCAUUUGAAAACACAUCAGAACUUCUCCCAAAUGAAAUACAGAAACGAUCUGGGAUAAGGAAUGAUUAUGGAACACGUGCAGAGGAAGCAAGAAACAAUGCAGGUACCCCUGUCACUGAGUUAGCAGACAGAAUGAAUGCAGUUUUCCCAGAUACUUCAGAAGGGUGGUUUUUACCUAUAAAUGGUCUGAGUUCACUAGAGACUUCUGCAGGCAAAGAGAGGCAGUCAUGUAAAAGGAGGUCAUCAGAUGCUGAGGAGAGGCUUCCAAAGAAACAGUUUUCUUUAGAAAAUAAUCAGGAGAAUAAAUGGACUCCACCCAGCUCUUCUAAUGAUAUAGAGGUGAUUGAUUUAAUCACCAAUUCAAGGAGUGAGUUGGACGAUCCAGGCUUAUGCACUAAAGAAGGUGAUGAGAUAAGCGAGGAAAUGGAAUAUAAGAUUUUGGUGAAUUUUUUCAAAAGCAUGGGCUACUCACAACAAAUUGUAGAGAAGGUAAUUUCAGAGCAUGGACAGUUGGCUGAACCUCUUCUGCUUCUGGAAGAAAUUGAAAAAGAGAACAAAAAAUCUUCCAAAGACAAAAGUGAGGUUGUCAUACCUCAGAAUAUUGGGAUGUGUGCCGAGAAAGAUAAAGGCAGUUCUAGCAAUCAGGGUCUGGGACAUAGGCCAGAGCCUUCCGAAAAUGCAAAACAGAGUAUGGUCUCUGUUCUACCAACUCAGUGCAAAGCUGAAGGGAAAGCAUAUGUGUCACGUAGUGAAAACCAAACUACUUUGUCAGGCGGCCAAAAUCCACAGCACAAAGACUGUAGGAAAGUAUAUUCAAAUUAUUACCCUGAACAGUCUCACAUUUCCCAAGCAAGCAGUGUAGAAAGCGAUGGUCAUGUGAAACCAUGUGAUCAUGAACAUUGGGUAAUGAAGGAUAAGAAACGGAAGGUUCCUGGCUUGGUGGCGAGGGGUGGCUCAGAGAUACUACAUCCACCUGUUCAAAAAGAAAUGGGAGUCCCUCAAGCAUGUAUGGCACAGUCAUCCACAAAGCACAAUCAGCAGGGGCAUUGUAAUCCUCUACAGCUUGGAGCCAGAUACCUUCCUUCCCAAAAAUCAAAUCAGCUUCUAGACUCUGGACUUUCCCCACAAUUAACAGGAACUUAUCCAGAAAGGAAAACAGGAGGGUCACCUAGUCAUCACAUUGAUCCUUCAGUCACUGGGAUUCAGAGGUUUCUAGAGUCCCUGAAAACACCAUACAAGCUGGAAUUGAAAAAUGAGCCAGGGAGAGCAGACGUAAAAUACAUAGUAAUAGAUGGCAGCAAUGUUGCAAUGAACCAUGGGUUACAGAGGUUCUUCUCAUGUCGAGGAAUUGCAAUUGCUGUUGAAUACUUUUGGAAACGAGGUCACAGACAGAUUACUGUGUUUGUCCCACAGUGGCGAACAAGGAGAGAUUCUAAUGUCACAGAGCAGCACUUCUUAACGCAACUGCAAGAUGUUGGCAUUUUGGCCCUCACUCCUGCAAGGAUUGUUUGUGGAGCCAGGAUUGCAUCUCAUGAUGACAGGUUUUUGUUGCACCUUGCUGAGAAAACUGGAGGAGUAGUUGUUACCAAUGAUAACCUGAGAGAAUUUGUGAAUGAAUCCACUUCUUGGAGGGAGAUUAUUCAAAGGAGGCUACUCCCAUACACUUUUGCUGGAGAUUUUUUCAUGGUUCCUGAUGAUCCUAUGGGACGAAAUGGACCAGGAUUAGAACGUUUUCUUGAGGAGAACACCCAUGUCAGAAAUGUUCUGCCCCCAUAUGGUCUUGCAAGUGGAGGUCUCCCUCCUUUUGGGACAUCACAUUUGCUGAUGCAACCGGAGAGUAGUGGGCACUCACCUAAGAGUCUGUUACCCGGUCUUGUGACUUCAUUACCUAAGUUUCCACCUGCAUUACCAGCCAACUCAGAUCUCCCACCACAUCCAAGAUCAACUACAGAAACAAUCCAUUUGAAAGAAGCCUUGAGAAAAAUAUUUCCUACUUCUGAGCAGAAGGAGAAGAUUGAGAAUAUACUUGCCCAGCAUCCCCACAUGAGGGACAUGAAUGCUCUAUCUGCUAUGGUACUUGACUUGGGCUGAUGGACAGAACUUAAAACCUUUUGAUUUUGCAGUUUGGAUUGUUAAUUUAAAGAUGCAUAGGAGCUAGCACCAGGCCAUCUGUGAAUAGUCAAAACUUGAUCCUUUUUGUAUAAAAACUGUGAAUAUUCAAAGGAUUUGCAGAUACCCUUUUUAUUCACUUAAGUUGCAUUGCUUUUACAGAUUUGUAUUAAUGCCUCCUUUUCAAAGAAAAUAAGUCUUUAUUUCUGACUGGCUUGCAGUUGUUUACAAAAGCUACAGCAAGUUUCUUGGGGACAAACAAAAUCUGACAGCAGAUCUAAAUGCUGCAUAAAAUAUCCUUGCAGAUUAUGUGAAAAUUCCAUGCUAAUAAUGGAAUUUACAGUUUUGAGCUCUCAUUGUUGGAUGAAAAUGCAUGAGAAGAUGGUGACUCAACAGUGAGUAAACAAUGACAGUUUCACAUA